CUUCCAUCCUCUUCCUCUUAGUACACCACACCGCUGACGGCGACUCGUACAGUUGACGGUUUGACACUGAACACUCUCAUUUAAGUGUGAAUGGACGAACUACCACUCUCUGCGCUCUUCCGCCGCGCUCUGGCCUCGGCGGCCAAGGCAUUCGAUCUACCGACCAUCGAAGACGGAACCCAAGAACUAGUGCGGUCAUCACUUUCCGACCUCCGUCAGUGCAGUGUCGGUAUCUCCAAGCUCGCCUUAUUCAGUCCGAAUGAGCAGCUUGCCGACAUUCCGACCCGUGAUCUGGUCUACCUGCUGGUGCCCUAUGUGAUGUCCGAAGUUCAGUCUCGCGUCCGCGCAAUAGAAAGAGAGGAUCGGCUGGAGCUUGUGAAAGAGGUCAAGAGAUGUCUCGAGGCAUACAUCCACUACCUGGAGCAAUAUGAAAUCGUCUCGGGCGAAGACAAGGACUUGUAUGGACGUCCAGCCUCAUCUGUUGCAGACCCCGCAAAGCGCAGGGAGCUGAAGAUCAAGCAGUACAAGCGAGAGAAAGAAAUCAAGGCUAAGAUAGAGGUCGCUCGCAAGCGGACAAACCAGAGCGCGGCGGAACCAACUUCCAACCUCGAGCUUAUAGCCUCCAUCCUACCCGACCCCUCACAGAAAUCCGCCGACUCGGGUGAAGACCCUGACGCCGACACCGAGGAAGUUCUCCGCGACGCGGUCAUCCUACUUUUACGCCUCAUCUACGCGGAAGCGCAGACGCAGCUCGAGAGGACCAACGAAGAACUCGAACUCCUACGCAAUGCACCCACAUUGCCACCUCAGCGGCUUCCCGUGGAAGACGCGCGACUUGGCAAGAAGCCAGAGACGGACGACAUGUGGAGACUCGACGGUCCACUCAACAAGGGCGGUCCGGAUGGGAAGGGGCCGCUGCUCGACCAGCAAGGCAAACCAUUACGACCUUUCGUCUUGCUAGGUCAGAACGCCGCCGACCGUGCGAGGCUACAGGCACAGGUCUUCCAGCCCGGCCACCGCUUACCCACCAUGUCCGUCGACGAGUAUCUGCAGAUAGAACAGCAGCGCGGCAACAUCAUAACAGGGGGAGGUGCGGCUUCCGAGAACGAACCCACAUCCAAGGAACAGCUUGCCAUGGAUGCGGAGCAAGACGGCGCAGCAUUUGGCGAGGAGAAAGCAGAAGAGAAGAGGCAAAAGGACGAGAGCUGGGCGCAGUUCACUGAUAGCAACCCGAAGGGAGCCGGGAAUACCAUGAAUCGCGGUUAA